AUGCCUUUGUCCUUGAACGCGCAGAACUUUUUGGAGGUUUUCACUCCUUCGUCAGCAAAUGUGCUGUCUCUAGAACAAGAGGAUCCUUCAUCAAAUAGCUCGCAAGUUUUGGACUGGAUUGCGGAAGUCCUGGACGUCCAAAAUGCUGAUCUGGAGGAGCCACCGCUGAGGGUACGCAACUCGCUCCGUAACAUCGGGACUGGCAACGAAAUCUUAUUUGACGGGCUUAUGAGACUACUGAGAUUCCACUUGAACAACCAGGGGAGACAGCUUGCGCGAUCAAUGGCCAAGUCCCCGACGACAUCCAACGUCCCCAGUUUAUUCGAGUGGAUUGUCAAUGUAAGACAAAAAACAAUGUACUUUGCGUCGCUUACUGCCUUGGUUGCCGAUCAAACCAGACUUGUGACACGCUGUAUCAACGCUAUUUUCCAGACAACGGCAUUGGAUCCCGUUGUUUUUGCCAGUCUUCGUGAAUGGUACGACAACGGACUCUUUUCAGACCAGAGCUUGAUGUCCCAUGAACAGCUGGUAGAAACCGCGAAGAUACUCACUCAAAUAGAACUCGGCGAUGAAUUGACUCAGAUGGUUAUCGAGUUAUUUAAAAACCGGAUCAAGCUACACGUACAGACCAAAUGCUCAGGAGUCUGGAAUAGACCUGUGCUCCAAGAUCUCUCGAACUGGACCCACCAGAUUCUUGUUCCAAAGCUCGGCGAUAUUCUGCCUGGUCGACUAUCCGGAUUCCACCUUUGCUCUUCAGGAACUUCGUGCUUGCAUGUCAACCGCAGAGCAGAAUGCCCAACUAGUGAACUCAUUCAUCCAUUUGUCAAGGAAGAGGUUACUUCAUGCUGGCGUGAACACCAUCGACAUUAUCAAAUGCUACAUUUCAACCAUUCGGUCAUUUUUGAUCAUCGAUCAUCGUGGCGUCUUGCUGGAUAA